AUGAUCCAACCUCCCAUGUACCUGUUCCGCCUUCACCUUAGCCGCCUUAACGGCGGCGUCCGCAGCCUCAAUCCACUGAAAGGAGGGAUGAAGGAGGGCGUUUGGGGAGUGACGGCAAGGCGACAGAGGGAGGAGGGAGAUGACAAAGCAGCGACUCAGAUAAUUACUGUCACGAGUGAAAGUCGUCGUCGAAGUAGUCGACGUCACUGUAGAGGCCUUGACGUCGACUUGGUGGGAGGCCUUGGCGGUGAGGAGGUGGGAGCGGAUGCGGAGGACGUCGAUGCGGUAGAGCAUCGUGUGGGCGAUGUAGAGCGUGGCGGUGAGCCAGAGCGCUGUCAGGGUGAGGAGGAAGGGGGCACGGAUGUGCCAGAGGAACUCAUCGCACCUGUCGAAGAGGUCUCGGAAAUGCUCUGA